AUGGCCCAAGCCUUAAAUUCUACCAAUGUUGCUUUUUUUAGAGUGGCGUUUUUAUUCACGAUUUCAUUCUUUUGUUUAAAAAAUGUUAAUUCUAUUCUGGAAAAUACAUACUUCUUAGUAUUAACGCAAGCAAUGAAUUUGCCGCAAUUAACGUUAUCACGUUAUAAUGGUCAAUUAGGCCUUUUUGCCCUUCUGUUUGCCCUUAACGGUAUCCAUGAUCUAAUUCCGCUGCUAGAAAACAAUGUUGGAUAUUUCCAAUCUAUUGUUCCAGCUCGGUUACUGCUUUUUUUCAUUUUGACGGCUAUCUCAUAUCUAUGGGAGUCAAAUCUUUACGUUCACAAUAACUCUGUUUUUAUUUACUGUUUUGCAGAAGUUUGGAUAAAUUUCCUUUUGUACAAUGCUAUCCGGGAGGAGAAAAACGAAUCAUUCAAAAGAUUGAACCAAUUCAUGGUUAGUGAAGAGGAUAUUGAAGAACCCCAACCAUUUACUGUGAAGACUGAAACCACAGAAAUCAUUGAAAUAAUCAAUGACGAAGAAAACGGCAGCGAUGGUAACGAAGAAAACAACAAUGAAGAUGACAAAGAGUAA